AUGAUUUCUUUGUUCAAAGCCACCCCCCUGGCACCUGUCUACAGCUGGCACCCUCCGACAAUGGGCUGUGUGCUCACUCUCGUCUCCCUCUUCGCGCUUCUCGUGGGCGUGGACUGCUUGACUGCGCUCGCCGGACCAAAGCUGCACUUGACCGCGCGGCUGGCCGGUGGCACUUCGCCGCGCGUCCCGCACGGUGCGACCGCACAGUUUGGCGGCAACAAGAAGCAGGCGCCGCAGAGGUUCACAUUUGACGGCCGGCCGCCUCGUGACGGCCCGCAACCUCCUUCGCCGGUCCUGUUCGUUGCUGUGCCGGUCGGGCUCUUCUGCGCCUUCAUCUUUUGGGCGCUGGCGGCAUAG